AUGUCGCUAAUGUACAGAGAUUACCUUGAGGACAGUGAGGUCGAGCAUGAACAGUAUGCCCCCCCGCACCGUGUAAUGAAAGGGGCGCAUGGAGUAGCAGGUAUGGCAGACUUCAGCUCUUCACUGUCUGAAGGACAUCUGGUGGGGGCUGCCAGCGACUUGCUCCAGGAGAGCGAGGAGAGGGCCCUCGAGGAGAAAAACCAGGCGUUGGAGAAGAAGGUUAAUGUUCUACGAAUGGAGAUAGACAGCGUGAAAGGGAAGCUCGAGCGGGCGGCGCACCUGAGAAACACGUGCAGGAGGAUACAGGGAGUCGAAUGCCGGCUGGUCUCCGAGGCAGAGAGGAGGCAGAAAUCGAAAUGCAACGGGAAGGGGAAGGUGCUGCUGUCGCUCACUGCCCUCAUCUCCAUGUUUGCCGGCUGCGUCGUCGCCUUUGUGGGGAUAAUCAUCCUCAACGACCCCGAGGCGAUCUGCAGGCCAGAGUACCAGUCGCCCAAGAUCUGCCUGAGGGGGAAAUACUUCGAUGAGAUGCACCCGCCCCUGGGGAAGGAGGGGUACGUCAAGGCCAACGAGUCGUCGUCGAUCGUCUUUGGGGAGGCGUCGCUGCACGUGUGCUCGCGCGGGACCUCGGAGCAGAGCUUCCUGCGACGGGACGACUGCGACGGCUGCCUGUGCCCUCUGGGGUCCCUGUGGAUGCACUUCAAGGACGAGAGGUUCUUCGGCAAUGGUGACUACUGCGUUCCGGAGAAGCAGUGGAAGGACUGCAUAUCGCGGUGGAGCUGCUGUGCGCACAAGCCCAACUAUUGCUGGGACUUCAUCUUCGACGGGGCAAGGCAGGAUCCAAAGAAGGACGACUACUGUGUGGUGGUGGACUCUUGCAGUCAGCACAUGGCUUGUUAUGCCAUCUUGCAGAGGUUCCGCCGCUGGGAGCUGGUGGCAGAGUAUCCUGCAGCGAAGGCGAGGACGGAGGUAGCGGAGAAGUUUGUGGUGGGUGUGAGCGAGGAGGAAAUACGGGCGGUCAACGGCACAUUGAACGUGGACCUGUCGAUGAGAGGAUGGGGGUUCCCGUCUUCUGUGCUGCACCUGCUCAAAGUAGCAGAAUCGUCCUGCCCCGAGGAAUGGAAGGGGCUGAACGUCAUUACGAGCACACGAUCUCUUGCGGCAGGUCAGAAGCAUCGGACAUGGCAGAUGGUGUCGGAGUACAAAGUGAUUGCCAAGGCCAUGUCGGGCAAAGAGUACUUGAUAGCUAACUGGAAGCAACGGGAGAGGAAGACUUUCUUCGACUCGUUCUGA